AUGGAAGAAAACAACGACACGUCCUUCUUAUUCCAGAACGACAGUGAUUUAGAUCACCAAACCGACAAUGUGACUUUACCAGUGAAGGUCCCACUGAGUUAUCAGAUUUCCACAUCUUUGCUGAUCGGCGCGCUCAUUUUAUGUUCCAUAUUUGGAAACGCGUGUGUUGUGGCGGCUAUCGCGUUGGAAAGAUCUCUGCAAAAUGUUGCCAACUACCUGAUCGGAUCUCUCGCCGUGACGGACCUGAUGGUGUCGGUGCUCGUGCUGCCGAUGGCUGCUCUUUACCAAGUUUUAGACAAGUGGACACUUGGACAGGUAACUUGUGAUAUUUUUAUUUCUUUAGACAUUUUGUGUUGCACUUCUUCCAUUCUGCACCUGUGCGCUAUAGCUUUGGAUAGAUACUGGGCGAUCACCGACCCUAUAGACUACAUGAAGAAAAGGACAUUAAAACGCGCUGCUCUGCUGAUCACCGUCACCUGGUUUGUCGGCUUUUCGAUAUCAAUCCCACCCAUGCUGAUUAUGAAGUCUCAACCCAAGACUUGCAUGAUCAGCCACGACCCCUGGUACACCAUUUAUUCCACCUUUUGCGCAUUUUACAUCCCUCUGAUUCUCAUGUUGGUCUUGUAUGGACGCAUAUUCAAAGCGGCAAGAUUUCGCAUUCGCAAAACUGUUCGCAAGCCUGAGAAAAAGAGGGUCAAGUGUUUGACUGUGUCGCCUGCACUUUUCAAGCGCGCCAACGGAGAGUUGAGCAAAAACUGGAAAAGCGCAGUCGAGCCCAAGCCCGCCGCGUGCGUAAACGGCGCGAUCAAGCACGCGGAGGACGGCGAGUCUUUGGAGAUCAUCGAGGUUCACAGCAACUCCAAAAACAACCUGCCUCUGCCCAACACACCAAACUCUGUCCCUCUGUUCGAGAACAAACACGAGAAAAACACCGAGGCGAAGAGGAAGCUCGCCUUGGCACGCGAGCGCAAGACAGUGAAGACUCUGGGCAUCAUAAUGGGCACUUUCAUUCUGUGUUGGCUGCCAUUCUUCAUCAAAGCGCUCGUGAUGCCUUUCUGUCCGACUUGUGUAAUGCCUUUGUGGCUCCAAGACGUCAUUAACUGGCUCGGCUAUUCAAACUCGCUUUUGAAUCCUAUCAUUUACGCAUACUUUAAUAAAGACUUCCAGAGCGCGUUCAAGAAAAUCAUCAAAUGCCAUUUUUGCAGGCCAUAA